AUGCAGGCACAGCCAAUUAGACAGUUGGGAAGCUCAAAAAGAAAGAGAGCACAAUCCUCUGUUUCGACACAAUGGAAAUUAAGGGACCAUUCAAUUGUGCAGCUUCGAACCAAACGAAAGACAAACUCGACUGUAGUGUUUGUGAAAAAUCUUUCUUUGCCCAAAAGAACUACUGUCACAGAACUUCGAAGCUUCAAACGUAGCAAAGUUUUCAAAAGGAACAUCGAAACUGUUGAUAAUUACUAUGAUGAUGAUACAGAAGAUGAGGAGGAAGAGGAAGGGCCAACAAUUUCACUUUUUCUCACUAUUCCUCCCGAAAUAUUUGCCGUGAUUUGUGCAUAUCUUCCACCCGCCGAACUAUUUACUCUUUCUCGAGUAUGUAGACGCUUUAGAGGAUUUCUUUGGUCGACAACUUCGGCGGUAACUGAGUCAAUUUGGCGUAUUUCUCGAACUACUUUUUUACGGUAUCCAAAUAUGGCCCCACCGACUGGACUAGCAGAACUGGAGUAUUUGAGACUUGUGAUGGAGAAAGGUUGUAUGUUUUGUGAUAAGGAAGAUGGGCUUACUAUAUAUUGGGAAUUUCAAACUCGUUGCUGUAUCGGAUGUCUGGAAAAAAUCACUGUUCGGGAUUAUCAUCUUUCUUCGAAAUUGAAAAGAAUGAACAUUCCUCAAGAUAUUAUCUUCGGUCUUCCUUACUUGCUCCGUUGCAACACGCCAAAAUACAACGGAAAAAUCUACUUGCAAGCAGACAUCAAACGCGUACACGAUGAAUAUCUGGUAGCACCCAACAAAGGAACAUGGGUCACACAGAAAAACGCAGAAGUUCUCGCAUUCCUUCAAGAUGCACGAGAACGCGUCAAAGACACCCAAACUAACCAAAAAAUUCUUAUAAUGAUAGAACGGGGUCGCCGCUACAAAAUCAUCUCGGCGAAAAUCAAGGAACUCGCCAAAGAAUUACGCAACAGCAAAACGUCGAUCGGUCAAACAGAGUAUCUGCUUAAACGGUGCCCAUCUUAUCGACGUGUCGUUGACGUGCCGAAACCUUUUACGGAACGUUCUUGGAAUGCGUUGGUCAAGAAAUUGGAGGUGGAGUUGCCGAAUGCUAGGCAAUUGUCGCGAGGUACUCUUCCGUCUAAUGAUGAGAUAUGGGAGAUUCGCGAGGAAUUGCGUGAACGUGUGAGAAGGCUUCAAGCAAGAUUGGCGGAGACUUUUGACGAAAAUUACUAG